CUGAUAAGGGUCAGCGAGGAGCAAACACAGACAGAUGUUAGAGGAUUCCCUCCUCCCAUCCUGGCUUGAGGCCAGACCUCUUAGGAGUUAGUGAACUUUGGUUCAGCUCCAUGAGAGGAAAGUGUGAUUAGAUGUGCCCUGGAUUGGUGGAGUAAUAGUACUGUGACUGGCAAUACUUCGAGGGGACAAGAGGACCUCUGGCUACUGGCAGGUGACCCCCCAGGGGUGUCCAUGUCACCCACUUUUGGACAUGGAGAACAGGGAACUCAUGAUGAAGCAGCCACCAGAGACUCCGAACCUCAUCCAGAGAUUGUCUUAAUGUCUCAGAAGCUCCACUCAGGACUGAGCAAAUAGACCCCCUUCCCGGAACCACACUAGAACAACGGCGGAGGAAUCAUGUCCAUGAUUGCAGCUUUCUACAGCAACAAGUCUGUCCUCAUCACCGGGGCCACGGGCUUCCUGGGCAAGGUGCUGAUGGAGAAGUUGUUCCGUACCAGCCCCCAGCUGAAAGUCAUUUACAUCCUUGUGAGACCCAAGUCUGGACAAACCCUGCAGGAGAGGGUUUUCCAGAUCCUCAACAGUAAGCUGUUUGAGAAGGUCAAGGAAGUCUGUCCAAAUGUGCACGAGAAGAUCAGACCCAUCUCUGCAGACCUCAACCAGCGCGACUUCGCCAUUAGCAAGGAGGACAUGCAGGAGCUUCUGUCCUGCACCAAUAUCAUCUUCCACUGUGCGGCCACCGUGCGCUUUGACGCACACCUGAGGGAAGCCGUGCAGCUGAAUGUCACCGCCACCCAGCAGCUCCUGCUAAUGGCCAGCCAGAUGCCAAAGCUUGAAGCCUUCAUCCACAUCUCUACUGCCUUCUCUAACUGCAACCUGAGCCACAUAGAUGAAGUCAUCUACCCAUGCCCUGUGGAGCCAAGAAAGAUCAUUGACUCCAUGGAGUGGUUAGAUGACUCUAUCAUUGAUGAGAUCACUCCCAAGCUGAUUGGGGACCGGCCCAAUACCUACACCUACACCAAAGCCUUGGGAGAGGUAGUGGUACAGCAAGAAAGUAGAAACCUGAAUGUGGCCAUCGUCAGGCCAUCCAUAGUGGGAGCGACCUGGCAGGAACCUUUCCCAGGUUGGGUUGACAAUUUAAACGGACCCAGCGGACUCAUUAUUGCGACGGGGAAAGGAUUUCUUCGGUCCAUAAAAGCUACUCCUAUGGCAGUGGCAGACGUGAUCCCAGUCGACACCGUUGUCAACCUCACCAUCGCAGUAGGGUGGUACACUGCAGUUCACAGACCUAAAUCAACAUUAAUCUACCAUUCUACAUCUGGUAAUCUCAAUCCCUGUAACUGGCAUAAAAUGGGAUUACAAGUCUUAGCGACCAUAGAAAAGAUCCCAUUCGAGAGUGCUUUCAGAAGGCCAAAUGCUGACUUUACCACCAACAACUUCACCACCCAGUAUUGGAAUGCUGUCAGCCACCGGGCCCCAGCCAUCAUUUACGACUUCUAUCUGAGGCUCACUGGAAGGAAACCCAGGAUGUUGAAGCUCAUGAACCGCCUCCUGAGAACCAUUUCCAUGCUGGAAUAUUUCAUCAACCACAGUUGGGAAUGGAGCACGAACAACACGGAGAUGCUUCUGUCAGAGCUGAGUCCUGAAGAUCAGAGAGUAUUCAACUUUGACGUGCGCCAGUUGAACUGGCUCGAAUACAUUGAAAAUUACGUUUUGGGAGUUAAGAAGUAUCUACUAAAAGAGGAUCUGGCUGGUAUCCCCAAAGCAAAGCAACAUCUAAAAAGGCUCCGGAACAUUCACUACCUCUUUAACACUGCCCUGUUUCUUAUCAUCUGGCGCCUCCUCAUUGCAAGGUCUCAGAUGGCUCGGAACAUUUGGUUCUUCAUUGUGAGCUUCUGCUAUAAGUUCAUCUCCUACUUUAGGGCCUCCAGCACACUCAAGGUCUAAGAACAUUCUACCAGUCCAUCAUUUGGAACCUCAGAUACCUCUAAGUCAGUAAACUGUGUCUUAAACUAGGAAGUAACAAGAAGCACAGCCAAGCUUCCAGUCAAACUUGCCAUCCCAUCUUCUUUCCUACUUCUUCGCUGUAUUUUUUUAAAAAUUUGGUUCAAUGAGAGGAAAGUCAGCCUCAUGAAAACCUAACUUCCACACUGUCUUGACACCAUCACUCUAUACUACCACAUGCAAAGUAUGAGAGCAUCCCUUCUCCUAUACUUAGCUUUCCCCUCCUGACACAACUAAUUUCAACUUACUGAACAUGGCAGAAAACGUGGCACAAGCCUACUCAGGCUAGAGAAAGCAGCACUAACCAGGAAAGCAUGCUCAGUGCCAAGGCAAAAGCUUCCAACCAGGGUGAACAGAGGAGGGCAGCCCAACAUCCUCACAAUGCCAUAGACCUAGCCUACUAUAGUGAACACUAGAGUCCUGGCUGGAGAUGGGAAAAGCAGACUCACAUCUGCCCUGUUUCUCACCUGUGUCCACAAUCUUAACCCUAAAAGGAACAAAUGGUGUAGAUAAUUACACACCAAAUAUGAACUUAACUGUACACGCACCAGGAGUCCUAUGUACUAUGAGUUGAAAUCUAUAGCUUCUUAUGAUUUGACAUCCCCCAGUCUAAACUGUUGAAUUGCCACUGUCCUGAAAACCCUCUCAAGUUCCCUUCUCAAGUAUUGAUGUUGCCAAAGCCCUUCUAUUUACAUGCCCUUCACUCAGGCCUCAGCCAGAAAGGCUGAUGGGGAGAGGGAAGUUCCUAGACUAGAACAAUGGAGACCCUCCAACCUUUGCCAGUGAGGAAAGCAGAAUUUCAAAUAAAAUUUUAAGUUCUAGUUCUUGUCUGCAUGUGUGGAGUUGGGAAGAGCACAUUCCUGUGGCACCAGAGGCCCCUUGUGCCUCAGUCAAACCAGUUACACGUUAAGGGUAUAAGGUACAGAGCUCAAAAACAGAAAAAGUGAAGUUUUUGCUUAAAUAUUUUAAAUACAAAUAAAAACCUUAAUACAUUUACAAAUCAUCACCCCAAUUUUGCUCAUAUUUGAGAUUUGGACUGGACUGCAGGAUCUCUGCAUGCUAAAAACAUGAAUUAUUCAAAUAAGGCAUUUGGGAUCAAAAAGUAACCACCACAGAAUCACUGAAAACUACAAACAAGCAGUUAUCAUGUGUAUGCUUACAUUCUGGUGGCCCAAGUGUGCCCGGUGCUAACCUCUCCUCAGUUCCAUGAGGAACAUGUUAGGAGAGUCCUUUCUGGUACAGUUUCUGCAAGUCAGAUUAAGGUCAGGGACUACUCUCCAGACAAAAAACUCAACUCUGUUACGAGCACCUGUGGGUUCCCCGUGUGAGACAUCUGCAGGACACUUCUAAGUCACAUGAAAGACACCAGGUAUGGAUACAAUAGUAACAGGAACUCAAGACACAGGACUGGAUUUAAAAAAAAAAUUAAAAAUUUACUACCUUUUGAUCAUUGUUUCAUUAAUCCCAAACUCCAGGGAUUGAAUAUUAGUUUGAUUUCUGAUUAAAUAAAAGUCUGAAGUAUCA